UUUAAUCAUAUGAAAUUUUCAAUCGUGAUGUUUCUUUUGUUGAAUUCGAGUUAUCUGUUAUUUUCUAGGUAAAUUAGACCUGAUUUUCGAAAUUUCAAUUAUUCUGAUUUAUUUUUGUUGCGUUGAAUUCGAGUUGUAAGUUAUUUUGUAGGUUAAUUAAACAUAAUUUUCAAAAUUUAAAAUAAUUUGAUUGAUCUGUACGGCGUGUGAUUUGUUAGUGAAAUUGAAAGAGUUUUGAAAUUUAGGCGGGAGAGUUGAGUUGAAAUGCAGAAACUGAUGGAGUCGCUUUACAACAAUAAGAAUAAGAGUUCAAAAAUGGUAAAUGUGAACAGUCAAAAGACUGCUGUAUCGCCAUUGAUGAUCAAAUACUUGAGCUCCAACUCAGCUUCCAAUUCCAGUUCCAGUUCACGUUCGCGCUCUUCACGCGAUCCGUUCUCUCCUCUUUCCUGUAGCGGUAACUGUAACAGUCCACUGUCUGGUGUUUUUGACGAAGAUGACGUGUUGGUGAUGGAUGGCAUUUCGGUAAAUUCACCACCUUCGGGGAGUAAUAUUGCUGAUUUCUACAAGACGGAGUUGUGCAGGUCUUGGGAAGACCUUGGAAAAUGUCGUUUUGGUGUUAAGUGUCAGUUUGCUCACGGAAAACAGGAGCUACGUCCAACUCGCUUCUCCAAUAUCAAGAACAAAUCUGAGAAUUGCAAGGCAUACGUUACAGGAUCAUGUGUGUAUGGAGCCAAGUGUCGUUUCAUUCAUCAACUCGUCAAGACUCCAAUUGCGGCUACCACCAGCAAGACCUUCAUAAAUCCAAUUACUUUGAAGCAUGGAGAAGGCAGUCAGAAACCUAGCUCAAGCACCACCAAAGCGGGCUGGUCGCCUUUGGACGAUGGCAUUGAGGUUGCAUCGUUGCCUUCGCAUGCAGAUAAUCUGUCGAGGGAAAAGAUAGAUGCACAUAUUGAUACUGUUCUGUAUUUUCCCUCUGCUAGGAAGAGGUUGACAGCACUGGCUGAGAUUUGCCCUGAAUAAACAUUUCCCAUAUUGUGCAGGAAGAAUACUCAGUUGAUUUUGGUUGGGUUAUUAUUGAUAGAAACACGGCUGCUAUAAAACUUGAAACUGGAAAAUAUGUGUAUUUGAACUUGGA